AUGACAUCAUUUUUAAAUCGAUUUGAUUUCAAAUUGUUAAAUGAAAUUGGUCGUGGUACAUAUGCAACCGUUUAUAAAGCGAUUGAUUGUCGACAUAAUCGUCAUGUAGCCAUUAAAUGUAUGCGUUUAGACAGUGAAUACUCUGGUCUAUUAUGUGUUGUUAUAAGAGAAGUUAAUGUAUUACGUGAAUUAAAACAUCCAAAUAUUGUUGAAUUAUUAGAAAUCGUUCGAAACAAUGAAGAAAUUUAUUUGGUAUUUGAACUAAUGAGUACAGAUUUACAUCGAUAUAUGAUAAAUGUCAAUCAGCCCUUGUCAGAUAUGCAAGCAAAAUUAUAUUUUUACCAAAUAUUAAAAGGACUAGAAUAUUGUCAUUCACAAAAGAUUUUUCAUCGUGAUUUAAAACCACAAAAUCUUCUACUCGAUCCAUCUGGAAACUUGAAAAUAGCUGAUUUUGGAUUAGCACGAGAUACAAGUAUACAAAAUCGUGUUUAUUCAAGAGAGAUAAUUACAUUGUGGUACAGACCUCCUGAAAUAUUAUUAGGAGUUGAACAAUAUACAACGACUGUCGAUCUAUGGUCUGCUGGAUGUAUAUUUGCCGAAAUGUUACGUAAUUCACCAUUAUUUAAAGGUGAUUCAGAAAUUUGUCAAUUAUUAUGUAUAUUUAGAAUAUUAGGUACCCCAGAUGAAAAUAUCUGGCCGGGUAUAACAGCGUUACCUCAUUAUAAAUUAGAAUUUCCACAAUGGAAUGAAACAUCAUUGAAAAAUUAUACGCCGUCAAUGAAUGAUGAUGCAAUUGAUAUAAUGACAAGAUGUUUGCGGUAUGCACCAGAUCAACGUUUGACAGCCACAGAGGCGAUAAAACAUAAUUACUUUAAUGAUAUUCGCUAA